AUGGAAGAACCACCUGCCACUGUCAAUACGAUACCAAAGACUCGUGAUUAUCAGCAAGAAAUGCUGGACGCCAGUCUCAAGGAAAAUAUAAUCAUCGCUCAGGAUACUGGUUCCGGAAAGACUUUGAUUGCGAUUUUAAGGAUGAGAUAUGAAAUAGAACGCGGCUCUCAAAAGGUGUCGUGGUUUCUGGCGCCUACGGUGGCUCUUUGCAAUCAGCAGCACAGCGUGAUCAAGGAUAAUAUGCAGGUCCCUGUUGGCCUAAUUCAUGGGGGGCUUGAGCCAAAGCAAUGGACUGAUGUUACCUUGUGGAAAAGAGUGCUGGGAAACAAUCGCGUUAUAGUUUCCACUCCCCAGGUACUCCUUGACGCGCUCAGCCACGGCUACGUUCAUAUGGGACUGGAUAUCGGCCUCCUAAUCUUCGACGAGGCUCACCACGCGGAUCGAAAUCACCCCAUGAGCUGCAUCAUGCGAGAUUUUUACUUCUCCCUCCCUCCCCGCCUCCCCGCGGCCCACGGCUCUAGUGUGACGAUUGAGCAGGACGAACGUCCCAUGGUCUUGGGCCUCACUGCUAGCCCUAUGUUCGGUGGCAAUCCUACUGCAGCCUUCCGGAAGUUGGAAGCCAACCUCGACUGCGUUAUUCGUAGUCCUCGAGCCAAUCGGGAUGAGCUCUUGACUCAUGUCCACCGUCCGAUCUUCCGACACGUGCGCUACGAUACACCGCAAUACUCUGAUCGUAACUAUACUUCUAAAAAUUUAUCAGCAGUCGAAGCCGUUCUUGCUACUAUGAACAUCGAGGAAGAUCCCUUCGUUAUACAACUACGUCAGAAACUAGCGAAAACUGCCCGAGGCCCAGAGUAUACACGAAUGGACCAGAAGCUGUCAAAAGCUAUUCAGGGCAAGAAGACAUACUCGCACGGUGGAAUGAACGACCUCGCGAAUGCGGGCAAAGCCAUAUGUUAUGACAUCGGUCCAUGGGCGGCAGACUGGUACAUCGAAAGCGUUGUAUCUCGAGCGCUAGAUAAACAAACUCCCUGGGACGAGUUGAUCGGGACCUUACAGCCCAAGGAGAAGAAUUACUUAAUGAAACAUUUGUCUCAGAUCAAGCUGACACCUCUCUCUUACGAUCCUACGGACAUCGAGGCUGGUAUCACGGAUAAAGUCCGCGUCCUCUUGGAGACAUUGGAGUACGAAAAAGAUUGGUCGGAGUCGUCGAACGAGCCUUAUAGUGGCUUGAUCUUCGUCACACGUCGUGACGGAGUGUUAGCAUUGUCGGAGAUUAUGAGGAACCAUCCCCGCAGUGCUCAUUUCAGACUCGGGUGUCUGCUUGGAAGUUCUCAAAGCUCCUAUCGCAACACCUUUCUUGACAUCACCCGUACACUUCUGAAGGACCAAGCUCAGGCAGAUGUUCUCGAGGGCUUUCGGUCUGGAGACAGGAACCUCAUCAUCGCCACGUCCGUGGCAGAAGAGGGACUUGACAUCCAGGCCUGUGGAAAUGUAAUCAGGUGGGAUAUCCCUGACAACAUGGCGAGCUGGGCCCAAAGCAGAGGUCGUGCUCGCAGGAGGCGCAGCUCUUUUGUUCUCAUGUUUGAAUCGUCAGGUAUCGACGACGCUAGAGUAGCGGAGUUCGAGAAUCUGGAGGCCCAGAUGACAGCCCUUUACCUAGCUGAUCGUGCUUCCAGGCCAACGGUCUCCAGUGAUGACGAAGAACCUGAUCCAGAUGAGCCUGUUUUCAAGGUGAAGUCUACAGGGGCUGUGCUUACCCCGCUACUAGCGGUCUCUCAUCUCAAUCAUUUUUGUGCUGUGAUUCCAAAUUCGGUUAAUCUUCCCAUCUAUGAUAUCGACCCCCCUGAUAUGCCCGAAGGCUGGCACUCUUUUGACCCUGCGACACGCGUAGUUCCCCCACCAUAUCCGGGGCCAUUUGGGUGCACGGUCACUUUGCCAAGGCGGCUCCCAGCGGGACUUCGCAUCUUCUCAGUUAACCGUGAAUACCCUACAAAACAAUCUGCAUACCGACACGUUGCAUACAAGGCAUACCUCGCCCUCUAUAACGCCAACCUCCUAAAUGAGCAUCUCCUGCCAUUGACCAGCACGGUCGAGCCUGAUUUGGGAGAGGAAGUCAAGAAUCUCCUGAAAGAUGUCGAGAAGCGAUCUAGCAUGGCUUCCGUCACUAGCCAAAUGAAUCCUUGGCAAGAUGAGUUAACGGAUGCGGCUUGGACAGCUACUCGCAUUGUCAUACCAGGCUUUUCUCCUAUCCGCAUGCUCACCCGAGUCGACCUUCCAUCUUUCGCGGCUGGGGAAGCACCCGUGCUCUAUGAUUCUCGCAAAGGUCGUAUCGAUGUUGAACUGCAGGCACAGGGUGUGGCCCACCAUUCCGCUAGUGACCUUCAAGCCGCUCAUGAAUCUACACGACGUCUGUUCUGGUGUCUGUAUGGAAUCCGCAUGCAAUGGGACAAAUUCGACUUUGCGUAUCUUUUUGAACCUGCUGAGGAAGACACUGAGCGAGAUGUGUGGGAUGCGCGUCGAAGGUGGCUGCGGGAUUUGCAAGGGGAAGAGUCUUCGGGAGACGAUCUCUUCGCAAAUGCAGCCACUUUCGGACAGGCGUUCUCGCACCCGACUGAUAUCACCUGGAUUCGUGACGGGUUUCCCUACGGCAAGGUUUAUCGCUUUCUUGGGUGGAGGCAUGAUCCUCUAUCUGAGGAAGAGUUACAAGAUUUCAUGGCCAGAUAUUCAAGAAUGUCGGAAAUGGAGAUCACCUACCCGUUACUUCAUGUAGAAGAAUUGCCGCCAAGAAGAAAUUUCUUGCAAUCUCUAUCGUCCAUUAGUGAUGUGCCUCUCAGGAGGUCGUUCCUCCCUCCUCAAUCAUCUCGUAUCGUUCUUCUUUCUCAAGUGCAAUGCGACCAUGCUAUUCUGUUACCCUCCAUCAUUCGCCACAUUUCCAUCGCUGCAACUGCCGUAUCUCUUCGAGAGAGUCUGCUCACCGGGACCCCACUUUAUCAAAUUCCUCUGACUCGUCUGAUUACAGCGAUCACUGCCCCUGUGGCCCAAGGUCACGUUAAUUAUCAAAGACUGGAGACCCUCGGAGAUGCCGUCCUCAAGUUUGUAAUGUCAAUGCAUCUGAUCGCCACCUAUCCCUUUUGGCACGAAGGGUACCUCACCAGGCGUAAAGAUCAUGCUGUCUCCAAUUCGAGAUUGGCAAAGGAAGCCAUCAGGCUUUCCCUGUACAAGUGGAUCGUACGCGAUCGUUUUGCCCCUCGGAAGUUCAAACCACAGUACUUUACUACAGGAGAAGUAAACGAGAUUACUGAAGACGUGGUCGCUGGUGAUCCGUCUCAAGAAACACCCAAAGUCCCUGAGGACCUAUCCACAAAGAUGCUUGCGGACGUAGUAGAAGCCCUCAUUGGAGCUGCCUCCCUUUAUGGAGGGUACAAUUUUGGCAUUGAGUGCACCCGACUCUUUGACCUCGGCAUCGGCUCCAAGGCAGGGUGGCAACCCCUCGAAGUUUAUAUCGAGAAAGCGCUUUCGUGUGUGGAAACCGUUGAGGUUUCCACUCCAACAACCGACAUCGAACGCAUGUUAGGGUACACAUUUACCCACAAGCUCCUUCUCCUCGAAGCCAUCACUCAUUCAAGCUACCAGUUCGAUUCUCGGACGGUAUCAUAUGAGCGUAUGGAAUUUUUGGGCGACUCUGUACUCGACUUGAUCAUCACAGAGCAUCUCUAUCACUACCCAAGAAAGCAAUUUACCCCGGGCCAGAUGCAUAUCCGCAAAUCUGCCGUGGUUAACUUGCAUUUCCUUACUUAUAUCUGUUUCAAGUGCUCGCUGGAGAAAGACGCGAGCUUACCACGCCCCACCCGCGAUGGCAUAGUCAUGGACGAGGAAACGCAGGAGAUAUCCUUAUACCAAAGCUUGCUCCAUUCCAGUUCAGUGGUUUUCGACCAGCAAAGAGCGACACUCGCUCGUUAUCGCAAAAUGAAAGAUGAAAUAGAGGAAGCUCUCCUUCACGGUCUCACGUUCCCGUGGGCAGCCCUCACUCGCCUCCAAGCACCCAAAUUCUUCAGCGACAUGAUCGAAAGCAUUAUCGGCGCUGUUUAUCUUGACUCCCGUGGAAACAUGGAUGUCGUUCGCCAAGUACUUCGCAAACUGGGUAUAAUGCAACAACUGGAGCGCAACCUGAGGGAUGACGUCGAUGUUUUGCACCCGCUCACCAGGGUGUAUAUAUGGGCUGCACGCCAACAAAAGGAGUUGACUUCGGUAUUUGACGAAGAGAGGGGACAUGUUACUUGUACUAUCACUGUCGAAGGCAGAGAACCUGUGAAGGCCACCGCAGAGAAACGGGGACGGGCUAGUCAAGAGGAGGCACGAUUUGCUGCCGCGGAGAAAGCCAUACAGCUUUGGGACAUCCGAGCUAACGACGGAAUCAAAGAUGCAUGA